CUGGUGGUUGCGCUCGAGAGCGGGGCGAGAACGGCUGGUUCCUGCAGCGCCCAGGCCAGCACGGAAGCGCCCUGGUAGAACCCAGCCGAGGAUACACGCUUCUCCCCGCGCGGCCAGAGGGCAGAGCAGCAAAGCGCUCCCGGGGGCAUUGUGUGACAGCCAAGCCCAGAGAUAGCAGGCCCUGGGGGCAGCUCCACCACAGGAGACAGGACACGCCUCAGCCCGGGCAAAUUCCCGGCCUCCUCUGGCUCCAGGCCAGCAGCCGCCGCCCUCCACCUCCUCUCCUCCUCCGCCGCCGCCGCCCCGGCCGCCUCGCCGUGCCCCGAACCGCCCGCGCCUGGGCGCGCGGCCCCUCGGCCCACAGCGCUGACGGCGCGGUUGGGACGGGACCGAUGUGGCGCAUGCGUGGUGGCGCCACUAGGCGCGGGAGUUGCGGCGGCGGGCAUGGCGGCGGGGAUAGCCGCGGGCCAGGCCGCCCGGGCCGGGUUCGUGGGGGUGGCGGCAGCAGCGGCGGCGUGGGCUGGCGAGGCCGUGCGGGCGGCGCCCGACAGCAGCUGGAGGAGCGGUUUGCCGACCUGGCGGCGAGCCACCUAGAGGCCAUCCGCGCGCGGGACGAGCGGGACCGGCAGAACGCGCGGCUACGCGAGGAGAACGCCCGGCUGCGGCUCGAGAACCGGAGGCUGAAGCGCGAGAACCGCAGCCUCUUCCGUCAGGCUUUGCGGUUCCCCGGCGAAGACGCCGACGGGACGCCCGCGGAGGCAAACCCAGGCCCCGAGGAGGCCAGCACGAACCGCAGGGCGAGAGGCAGCGGCCGUGAGGAUCAGCCCGGCAGCCCCAGGGCCCUGAGGGCUCGGCUUGAGAAGCUGGAGGCCAUGUACCGCCGGGCUCUGCUGCAGCUGCACGUCGAGCAGCGGGGGCCGCGCCCCCGAGGGGACAAGGAGGAGCAGCCUCUGCGGGAGCCUGACUCAGGCCUCCACGCCCGGGACCCGGAACCCUCUGGGCCCAGGUUGUAACCGAGGCCGCCGCGGGGGAGAGGCGGAGCCUCGCGCGGGCCCCUCCUCCUCCGUUCCUCGGCUCCCCCCACCUCGCCCAUGCCCCGGGCCACUCGGAGGGCGGAAACUUUGGACCGCUGUGCUCUCCCGCCUCCUGUCCCGCCUGCGGACACUUCCGGGUGGUGCUUCCCGAUCUGCCCGGCCGAGGCCGAGAGGGUGCCAGGGCCCUCUGGGCUUCCCACGUGCACCGAGCACCUGUCGCUUGCCCCUGCGGGAUUCCAUGGACAGAGGCCUAGCAACGGAGGGGCGGGUUGGGUUUUAAAACAGCAAGAACUGGGUGCCAGUAAACACUCCUAAUUUCUGAACCUUUCUAGGUGUGGUGAGGAUCUGUUGUGUGUGCGUUUUCUCUUUUUGUGAGGGAUGAGUAAUGCGUUUUGAGUUAGUUGAGUUCGUUGUCCAUUCUUCAACCCCCCAAAGCCUUCAGCUAUUAUCUCUUAUGUGGCCAACAUUUCAAAUACAGUGUUUGUUUUUACAAAUCGGUAUCACUUGGAUGUCCUAUACAGUACUCCAUUUUUAUAAAGAAGAGAAGAAUAUAUAUAACUUAGGAAACUCGUGUACCCCUGCUUCCAGUUCAUAUACAUCUAAUAUAUACUGAAUCGUUUACUCCCCAGAAAAAAUUUUAAGUAUCUGCCUAUAGGUGAUCCUUUAGAAAUGGUAAAUAAAUCUGGUGCAUUAAAAAUAAUCCAAAAGUUUCCCAUGCCUAUUAUUUUAAGUGUGUUAAAUUUUUAUACGUUGACAGAUAUACAUGUAUGUAUACCUUACAUUUUUAAUAUUUGGCUUUGGUUAUCCUAUGUAAACAAUAAUUUUGCUUUAUGUAACGGUGAUCUUUUAAAAUAAUCUGAAGAUUAGAUACUCUAAACAUUUCAUCAUUUUUAUUAUAUUUUGGACUUGACAACAGAGUGCUUAAUCAGUGCAUAGCCAGUUUACCUUAUUUUGCCUAAAAACUUUUAAGAAAUUAUAAAUUGCUUUCAUACCAAAGAGAUUUAAGUCUCAGUUGUGAUUUCAAUGUCAGAAAAAAUAUGACUAAUUUUAACAACAAAUGUUCUAAGCUCACUUUUAUUGCAUUUUGUUAACGAAUAGCACUUUUGCUUACUAAGUAAUUGUGCCUGAUAAAAAUCACGGGUUUAAAAGUGUUUCAGUGACGGAAAACACUUUGGGGGGGGAAAUGUGGGUAGAAUUGUUAGGGGAAUAAAAUGUAUUACAGUAUAUUACAAAAGUUUCAAAUAUUUAUUAUAUAUCACAAAAAGUACCGAGGAAACUAGUUUUGUGAUUCUUCUAGUUCUGGAUUUUGAAGACACUUUGCAUUUUACUUAAAGGUAACCACUAUUUAGUUGUGAAUAUUAAAAUCUUUCUCUAUGGCCAAACAAUAUGAAAAGAAAGUUGGUGAGAAGAGGUAGGUGUAUGAAAAUAAAUUUUAUCUCUCUAUCCUUCAUUUUGUAACAGUGAAAGAAAUAUAGUCAUGCACUGACUGAUGACAUUUCAGACCACAUAUAUGAGGACAGUCCCAUAAGAUUUUAAUACUAUAUUUUUACUGACCCUUUUCUAUGUUUAGAUGUGUUUAGAUACACACCUACUUACCACUCUGUUAACAGUUGCCUACAGUAUUCAGAACAGUAAUAUGCUGUACAGAUUUGUAGCCUAGGAGCAAUAGGCUAUACAAUAUAGCCUUGGUGUGUAGUGGGCUAUACCAUUUACAUUUGUGUAAGUAUACUCUGUGAAGUGCACACAAUAACAAAAUCGCCAAAGGACCCAUUUCUCAGAAUAUACUCCUCCCAUUAAGUGACAAAUGACUGCAGAACAUUUUUAGGAGGCAGCAGGAAUUGAAGAUUCCAAAAAAAUUUAUCCACCCUGCUGCUAUUAAACUAUAUCUUCAAGUUUAAAUUGAUCUCUUUAAGCCUGUCUUUUCAUUAGUAAAAUUAACAUAAUAUCUACCUUGAAAUGUUAAAAAAAUUUUAUUGAGAUAAUAUAAGCAAAAUACCUGCUUCAAAAUAAGCGUUCUGUCAGAAUUACAAUCAACAUGAAAAUCAUAAAUGCAUAUUUUCUCUUACAUUUUCCUGUGCUUUCUGUAUUUUGCUUCUACAUGAAUAUUAUCGGAGAUUUGUAAAUUUUAAAUAAGUUGACGUUUUUUCCUCCUUAUAAGCAAACAAGGGAGAUAAAACCAUAAUAAGGAAAUAAUGCAAUAUAACAUUCAAAACUACUUGCCAAUUGUGGCAAAAUUCAUAAUAUUCGACAAUCAAGCAAAAUAAUUUACAUAGUUCCUAAACAUUUUUUCUUUAAAAUUAUUUAUAUAUGAGUAAAGUUUAAAAUUGUUUAAUUUACAGGUGAAACAAGUUUUUGUAAAGUAAUGAGGCCUGUGCAUGUAUACAACACACAAAUGCGGGUUACUUUUGAGCAUAAUUCCUGAAAGACUGCAAAUUCUAAAACCAACCCCACUAAGAUGGGUUAAAGCUAAUGUAUAUUUCAAGUUUUAUGAAGUUCCCUGCUGAUAACUGAUAAAGUAUCAUAUGGUAAUAUAAAAGAUGUUCUGUUAUAUCAAAAUAUGUAGGUAUUUAAGAAAUGAAUAAAGUUGAUUUUUAAAUA